AGAGAAAAGCCUUCUUAAUCAUUCCUCGUAUUGGGGAGAGAGAGAGAGAGAGAGAGUAACCUGGUCCGGAGAGAGAAAGUGAAGCUUAGGAUUUCAGUUUCUAUUGUUAAUCCUAUUGAGCAAACAACAGCGGCCCAUCUGUGGAAAGAGUGUUCAGGAACAUGCUAGAUGGAGUGGCUCGUGGUCAUUGUCUCAAUGAUUGUACUAUGGGUUGCGUCUCUAUGCAAAAUUCUCCAAGCGUCAUGUUCACCGUCCAAGGCUAUGUUCCUAAAUAAUGGUGAUUCUGUUCAUAAGAGAAAUGUCUUGCUGGUUGUUUCCCAUCCUGAUGAUGAGUCUAUGUUCUUUACUCCAACAAUUAAUUAUCUUAUUUCAAGGGGGCAUAAUAUUCACAUAUUGUGCAUUUCAACUGGUAAUGCAGAUGGCAUGGGAAAUAUUAGAAAAGAAGAGCUUUAUCAGGCUUCUGCAAUUCUUAAGGUUCCACUCCAACAAGUGAAGAUACUGGAUCAUCCAGAUUUGCAGGAUGGUUUUGGCAAAGUGUGGGACUGUAAUUUACUUGCAAAGAUUAUUGAGAAGGAAAUUUCUACUCAUGUCAUUGAUGUGAUAAUUACUUUUGACAACUAUGGUGUCUCGGGUCAUUGUAAUCAUCAGGAUGUAAAUCGUGGAGUAAGCAAGCUACUACAUGAUACAUUGCAAAGGAAUAUUGAAGCCUGGGAACUUGUCAGUACUAAUAUAUUACGGAAGUAUAGUGGACCUGUUGACAUCUGGUUUUCCUUCGUGUAUGCCAUGUAUUAUUCAAGUGGACAGAUGCAUUGCUUGCUAAACAAACAUCCCCAAAAAAGUUAUGCUGCAAUGGCACAACACAUGAGCCAAUGGGUUUGGUUUCGUAAGCUUUUUGUAUCAUUUUCCAGUUACACUUAUGUGAACACGCUAAGGAAGAUCAACUAGGAGGCGUAUGUUGAGUUUUGGACAAAGCUGAAGCAAUUGCAACUUUAUGCUGUCUGCCCUGGCCGGUGUUUCUGGUUAAAAUCUGUUUUCCUCUAGGGAUACCAUGCCACUUCAAUUUGCUUGGGCCUUCAUCUACUUGCAUAUAUCCGGGAAAUUUAAAUCAACCUACGUGAACUGACACCGGGAUUGAUCAGCUUACUGGUAUAAAGAUCAGAUCAGAUAAACUUGCAAGCACCACCAGCGCCCUUGGUUACUUGGGUGCUGCUACCACACUCGGUCUCCGGUAGCUUUUGCAGAUGGUAGUAGAAUGUCUAUGGCAGCAAGUAAAUGAUUUUGAGUUUUGUGACAAAAUUUUGUCUGCGUUAGAGAAUUAAUGUAGACAGUUUCAAACGUUAGAUAGUUGCUUCCUUGACAUUUUUAUUGGAUCAAAGCAUUAAUGAUUUUUAGUCGCAAUCAAUAUAUAAUUGCAUGAACUUCCCCAGGGGGCUUAGUCU